CUCUGUUUGGCAACAACACCGGACCGCUGCCUCUUGUAUAAUCACAACCGAUAGCCUGAUAUCGAUUUUUCUUUUAGGAAAACAAACAUACCUCUUUAACUGAGCAAGGACGGGAAACUAGUCCCUCUUCUCUUUGACGACACACCAGAGAAAACAUGGUGGUCGGAUCCCGCUGUCCGGUAAUCCCGUGGCUGGCCUUGGCCGCCGUGCUGGGUUCGGUAUUCGGGCUUGGUGAGGACAUCGACCGGCCUCUCUUCGGGCCUCCGGGCUCUCCAAUCCGUCUGCAUGAGUCCGACCCCGGGCUGAAGAAGGCUCUGGAGUUCGCCGAGGAGCGCUACAACCGGGGAUCCAAUGCCAUGCACCUCCGCAAAAUCAGCCGGCUCAUCUCCGCCAGCAAACAGCUGGUUAAGGGUAUCCGCUACACCAUAACAGUGGAACUGAGUAACACCCAAUGUAAAAAAUCCGCCAUGCUCAGGACAUGUGACUUCUAUCCCGAGUUACAGAAACUCAAGACGGAGGUGUGUGUGUUCGAAGUGUGGGACGUCCCCUGGCAGGGCACUUCAACUCUGCUCAAACAAAAGUGCCAGCCUAAAGUUGAACCGCAACAAGAAGAGACCAACCAGGUUGUAGAUGCGUCCACCAGCCAGCCUCUGGAGGAGUCUGUGGAGCUGUUGGGCCAGUUCAAAGAGUUCAUGGUCAAAUACAAUAAAGUUUACAGCAGCCAAGAGGAGGCAGAUCAUCGUCUGCGCAUCUUUCACGAGAACCUGAAGACUGCUGAGAAGCUCCAGUCUUUGGAUCAAGGAUCAGCUGAGUAUGGAGUCACCAAGUUCAGCGACCUAACUGAGGAAGAGUUUCGCUCUAUGUACCUGAAUCCUCUACUUAGCCAAUGGACUCUUCAUCGACCAAUGAAACCGGCCCCCCCUGCCAGAGGCCCUGCCCCUGCCAGCUGGGAUUGGAGGGAUCAUGGAGCCGUCAGUUCCGUUAAGGACCAGGGGAUGUGUGGCUCCUGCUGGGCAUUUUCUGUGACGGGCAACAUUGAAGGCCAGUGGUUCCUGAAAAAUGGGACACUGCUGUCCCUCUCUGAACAAGAGCUGGUUGACUGUGAUGGGCUGGAUCAGGCGUGCAGAGGAGGGCUGCCAUCAAAUGCUUAUGAAGCUAUUGAGAAGCUUGGUGGUCUGGAGACAGAGACUGACUACUCAUACACCGGGCAAAAGCAGAGGUGCGACUUCACCAGCAUGAAGGUGGCCGCCUACAUCAACAGCUCUGUGGAGCUGUCCAAAGACGAGAAGGAAAUUGCAGCCUGGCUGGCUGAGAAUGGACCGAUCUCCGUUGCACUGAAUGCAUUUGCCAUGCAGUUCUACAGGAAGGGUGUGUCUCACCCUCUGAAGAUCUUCUGCAACCCCUGGAUGAUUGACCACGCUGUGCUGAUGGUGGGAUACGGAGAACGUAAAGGUGUCCCAUUCUGGGCCAUCAAAAACAGCUGGGGGGAGGAUUAUGGAGAGCAGGGUUACUACUACCUAUACAGAGGCUCCAAUGCCUGUGGGAUCAACAAGAUGUGCUCAUCUGCUGUCGUCAACUAAAGCACUAACAUACUCACAAAUACACACACACACACACACACACAUGCUAUCAUACUUCAUGUACCACAGUUUCCAGCUGCUCCCCCCUUUGCACAAGUCACACACACAUUUAAAUCAGAACGCAUGAUUCCAACCAGACACAUAAAAAGUCCUGCUGAUGUUACUUUUCCAUUAAACCAGACCAGUGUUCCCCCCUGAUACCUCACACCUCAUGUCAGUUUACCGAAAACAUACCAGCUCUAAUAAAGAUAGCCUCACUGAGGAAUUUUAUAGUAGUUUUAAAGUAUGUACGCAUCUCAUUCCGUUAGUCCGUCAGGUCACAAUGAUUGCUGUGUUUUAGGGAGUUUUGGUUUUAACUUGUCUUUCCUCACAGUAACUGAGCCCUCAAUUGAUAAAGAGUGUGCACUAGUCGUAGUUCUGUCUCGUGUGAGUUCUCCUGGAUGUUUUGUUACAAGUGUCAAGCUAAUGCUAUAUAGGGUUUUACCUUAUAUUGAUCUGCACAUUACUACAUUACUGCUAUGUAAUUUUAAGAAUUGCUGUAAGACAGUGAGAAAUGAAUGAGGAUUGAAUAAUAAAGUGUGGAAUCCUA